AACUACUCCAUUGACUUUAUAUGACAGUAACCGCUUCUGAACAGGUGCACCCGCCUCAGGAACACAUACUAUCUCCAGGCCCAGACUCUAUAAAUCAAAGGCUAAACCGUUAGCCGAGCUAACUGCUAAUUUAUUGAUUGUAUGCCACGACACUUGUCUCCGUGCCAACUUUGUAGGACACUGAACGUAUUGAUUAUAUAACCACCAUCACCAUAUUUAUUUAAAAAAGAUAAAAUAUCAAGACCUGUUCGGUUACAAUUGUAAGUGUAGUGUGUAGAGACAUCAGGUAGAAUACUGUCAUUGACUGAUUAACGUCACACAUGACAUUGGUAGCAUUAAGGUCAUUAUCUGCAUUAUGUGUCUUCCUGCGGGCUGAAAAGGGCGCGGUGAUCGUUACUGGCUCGUAGCUAUUUUAGUGACCUCAUCUUUACAUGUAAGUCAGUUGAGGAAGAAGUAGUCGGACCCUUUACUAGCAAAGUAAAUAAAAAAUGUCAAUGUUGUCCUCUGAGUCUGGGCUGGAGGGGGAGCUGUUUGGGAUGGGGAUGUGGUCGUUGGGUCUGGGUGCUGUUGGAGCUGCGCUUGCUGGGAUCUUCCUGGCCAACACUGAUCUGUGUCUGCCUAAAGCUGCACAGGUGUCACUGGAGACCCUUGAAGAUGCUGACCUGCGCUCCACCAUAGAUGACGACAACAUCAUUAAAGCUAAGAGCCUGUGGGAGAAGAAUGGGGCUGUGGUCAUGGCUGUACGACGACCUGGAUGAUUUUUGUGCAGAGAGGAGGCCUCUGAGCUGUCCUCUCUGAAGACCCAGCUGGAAGAGCUCGGGGUCCCUCUGGUUGCUGUGGUGAAGGAGAACAUCGGCACAGAGAUCCAGGACUUCAGACCACACUUCGCUGGGGACAUCUACAUAGAUGAAAAGAAAAACUUCUACGGCCCGCUGCAGAGGAGAAUGGGGGGCCUGGGGUUCCUUCGCCUCGGAGUGUGGCAGAACUUCAUGCGGGCCUGGCGGUCCGGCUACCAGGGCAACAUGAACGGCGAGGGCUUUAUCCUGGGGGGAGUGUUUGUCAUCGGAGCAAGAGACCAGGGGAUUCUCCUGGAACACCAUGAGAAGGAGUUUGGCAAUAAAGUGGAGACUGCAGAUGUUUUAGAGGCUGUUAAGAAAAUUGUGCCAGUGAAAUAAGUAUUUAUUUUUUCCUAAAAUAAAUGGCAUUGGACAAAGGUACACUGUAUUUAGAUCAAAACAUAACAGCAUUUUUAACUUGACAUGCUGAGAUGCAAUCAAAAUCCAUCCAUCACUGAAAUACUGAUAUUAUAAUGACAUUUAAGUUUGGUUGUGUUGUCUAAUAUCAUAAUAUACCUCUGUUUUUUUGCACAUUCAUUUGUUGUUGGUUAGUGGAGAUGUACUUGGGCCAGUCUUAAAAUGUUUAAACCGGUUCGAUAUUAAGCCAAACACCGGACCAGACCAAUAUGUCACACUUGACUUAGUAGCCACUCCUGAGUGGGACAUAAUGAGACUUUGAGAGUCUCUAAGCCAUGACUUUUUUCUUUUAAGUUUGCUUCGUCUCAGCUGCGUUUCAGCUCACCCCUUUCGUCGGCUUCAAAUCCAAAAUAUUACCAUGUGGACAGCCCACUUUUAGCAUACAUCCAUGAGUCAUGUCUCGUCACCCCAAAAAACACUUUUAUUUUAGCAGAACGCUCUUCUGCACUUGAGCGUCACAAAUACUUGGGGAAAUGUAUCGUUACAUUGUGUGGUUGCUACCACACUGCUUGAUCAAUAAAACCACAAUGCUACUAAGAAACCAAUGUGAACUAGUUAUGCUGCUGUAGGCCUUACUGCCCAACACUGUUCCGGCAAAACCGGAAAUUGACCCAACUGUAGGAAAGAGCCAAUAUUACAAGAUUUGUCACUGAUUAUUGCUUUUUACCUCUGCAGUCACCUAGAAGCUAGUGUUUUUGAGACGGGUAUUAGUAACGGGUAGUAAGGGAAUAAAAAGCAGCAUUUUCAUUCAGGUACAUCAGCUAUUACAUUUAAAGUAACUUGAAAUCCGCCUUUUAGACAACCAGAUAAAUCAGUCUAAAGACUGGAUUACACAUUUGAUGAAUUAUUCUAUAAGUUGUCUGUUAGGGUACAUUUGUAAUACUGUUCCUAUGUGUUAUCUUCCUUUGCUUCUCUUGGUCAGGCACCUGAAUGGGCCUUCAACAUGGCGGAUGAGUGUAAGCUGUCUGUGUGUGCGAUAAUGACAACUUGACUCCAAACUCAACAUUGAGAGGAGCAGGUUUGAUGCUUAAACGCAUACAGAUUCAGCCACUCUUGCCAUGUUGAGGUGUGUUUGUGCUGCCUAAAGCAUGUGUGUGUAUUUGUACAUGUUAAUAAUUAUAAAUAAAGAAGACCUCAUCACCAUCUCUU